AUGCUAACGCCACAUGAACUAUUUGUUUCUUGCAUUCGUAAAGGUUGUCAGAUGUGGGAUUUCCGGAAAUUUUCACAAAAAGUCAAAACGGGUGUUAUGUUACUGAAUAUGGGUGGCCCACAAACUACGAAGGAUGUAUAUCCUUUCUUAACCCGCCUAUUUUCCGACAAGGAGAUUAUUCACAUGCCAUUUCAAGAUACGUUGGCACGAUUUGUAGCGUGGCGUAGAUCUCCAAAGAUUGAACGACAGUAUUCUCAAAUUGGUGGCGGAUCUCCUAUUCUGCACUGGACUAAAGUACAAGGCGAAAUGAUGACCAAGCAUUUAGAUGCAAUUAGUCCUGAGACCGCUCCUCAUAAGUUCUACGUUGCUUUUCGUUAUGCACAUCCUCUGGUGGAAUCUUGUGUUAAUGAAAUGGAAAGAGACGGUGUUGAACGUGCAGUGGCUUUUAGUCAAUACCCACAAUAUAGCUGCACAACCUCGGGUAGUAGCUUUAAUGCCAUUGUUCGUCACUAUAUGAAUAAAGAAACGAGUUUCAACGGGGUCGAAAGUGUUGAACUUCCUCCUGUUCUAAAUAACACUCCAGGACCAGUUUGGUCGUUCAUAGACAGGUGGCCAGUUCUUCCUCAUUUAAUCAAUUCCUUUGCCAAUAAAAUUCUCCAGGAGCUUAAUAGCAUUGAGGAUGAAACUGUGCGCGCGAAAACCGUAUUACUUUUCAGUGCCCAUUCAAUACCAAUGUCUGUCGUGAAUCGCGGCGAUCCUUACCCUCAAGAAGUAAGUGCAACGGUUCAUGAAAUCAUGAGACGACUUAAUUUCUCAUGGCCUUACCGUCUUAUUUGGCAGUCAAAAGUUGGUCCAGUAGCUUGGUUAGGUCCGUCAACAAAAGAUACUCUACAAGGAUUAAGUCGUUUGGGAUACCGCCAUGUACUUCUAAUCCCAGUCGCUUUCAUUCAGGAUCAUAUUGAAACCCUAUAUGAAAUGGAUGUGGAAUACUGUACUGAGGUAGCCUCGGAAGUCGGUAUGGUUUCCGUGCGCAGGUCAAAAUCACUGAAUGACGAUCCUAUUUUUAUUCAAGGUCUUGGUGAAUUAGUUGCCAAACACAUUCGUCGUGGUGAUCCGUGUACAAAACAAUUUAUGCUUCGUUGUCCAAUGUGUACCAAUCCAUCAUGUGGAAAUACCAGAACAUUUAUUGCAGCUCAAAAGGAGCGUGUACAUGACUGGACAGUAUCUCACUUACACAACUCUCAAACUUCACCAUUAGUUGAGUGUAGUUAG